CUCCGUAGGUCGCCACCCGUCUGCGCCACCUCUCCCCCGCAAUGGUGUCAGUGACUACUUAGGCAGCCGCUUUCCAUCGAUCUUUCUUCCACAUCUUUUGGCCUCCCUGACGAAUCACAUUCAUCAUGCCGCCCUUGGCAGGACACUGGCAUAGCCUCUUGACGAGGCAUGUCAAAACUUGGAAAGCCGCCGCCAAACAGGUCCAGAAAGUGUUACAGAGCAAAGUAGCUCAACCCGCCCGCGCCGAACUCCAGCCAGUUCUGGUUCGAAACUCUGCACGCCAGCCCCUUCACCCCGCCGCUCGCAUCCGACAGAACCAGAGCCGCUGGUUCAGUAGCUCUUCUCGCUCUACCUUCAAGGACACCGUCCGCCGCCUCAGCUCGAUCGCAGAGCAAUCGUCUGGAAAUCAGUACACGCGUAGCUCUCUACCAAAGUCGACUGUCGGCAAUGCGGUCACUCGUCACUCAGGUCGUGCACCAUUCGCAUCCACUCUGCGUCCCAACCUCACCGGAGGUACACUAGGACGUACAUCUGGAGGAUACUCGCUUGGAGGCGGUCGUGUAGGAGGUCAAAGAUACUUCUCUCAUGGCCCCGCUAGCCAGGCACAAGUUGUUCAGAACGUAUCGCAGGCAGUGCGUGCAUUCUUCGUAUCUGGGAAUAAGGCUCAAUUCAAUGGUGUCAACCCCAGAGGCGAGAAGUCGUACAAGACUGUGACUCUCACUCAGGAUGGCGCUAUCAAGAAGCUUCGAUCGCUUCCUAAGCAGACUCCCGGCUCCUACAUCUCCUUCCCCAUUAACCCAACUAUCACUGCCUUGACCACUCUCGAGGCUGUCGCUGGCUACGCUGAUGCCGAGCACGUCAACUCCGAAGGUCUCAUUGAUGGCCUCACCGUUGACUUCUCCCGUUCGCUCAAGGACCUCACCGCUGUCCUCAGCGACAUCAACAAGCUUUCAAGUCUCGGCGAUCUACCUAUCACAUACCAAGGCUCUUCACUACGCAUCCAUUUCCCUGGGUGCGAUGCAGAGACCGUUGACAGGCUGCGUGACGAGCUACAAAUUCAAAGAGGCACCACUGUCCAAGACGAGGACUUUGAUGACUUUGUUGGGUCUGAAAUUGCCCUGCUCUUCCCUUUCGCUCCAAGCACACCAGCUUCAGAGAGCGGCAGUGAGUUCUACGAGUCUCCAUCUCACAGCCAUACCAGACCCAUCGAAUGGCAAACAAUGCUCACACCGUCCGAGAGCAGUGUCGGCCGCAAGUUCUCAAUGAAGUCUGAUACAUUAUCAGAGCUCGACUUUGAAUUUGAUAGCCCAGCCAUGGCCUCUGACUACGAGUCAUUGCACUAUUCCAGCUCCGGUGAGCGCGAAGAUGCACAGAGUCCUCUCGAAUAUCAAGGCUUUGAGGGCAUCUACCGCUUUAUUGAGCAAUGCGAUUCUCACAGACAUUGAUGGAUUGGACUCGAUCUUAUCCUCGCUCCACUUCUCCCUCUCCCCUUUGGCUCAGAUUGAUGACACGAUACCCUUGGCGUUCUUUAUUCUUGCGUUUCCCAAUUUUCUCAAAGCACACCUAUAUAGCUGGCGAUCAGCGCUUCGAUCGAUUCACGAAAAUGAAUUCCUAUACACUACAAAUGUCGGUUUCAGCUCGAAUAUGUUGACGUGCUCACUCGGACAAAGAAUCAGUGGGGCUGUACGUGCACCCCCGAA